UCCAUGCAGGAAACGAACAAGCAAAUGAUAGAGUUGGAGAGGUCAUCUUCUGGUUAUAAAAUCCUCAAAAGCUUGCAGUGAAAAAAUAAGCAAGGGAGAGGUAGCUAAUCAAGGUAGAAGGCGGAAAAGAAGAAUGUCUUCCAAGAAGAAAAAGAAGGCAGCUCUUUACGAGAAGCUACGUGCCGCUACCAAUUCUAAUGCUAUGAACAAAACGUCAAUCAUAGUAGAUGCAUCAAAAUAUAUAGGAGAGUUGAAGAAAAAGGUGGAUAGACUAAACCAUGAGAUUGGAACAUCUUCAACCCCUCAAAAUUCAUUAUCUGCGCAGGUUACGGUGGAAACACUAGAAAAGGGUUUCCUUAUUAAUGUAUUUUCAGGAAAGAAUUGCCCUGGUUUACUUGUCUCCAUACUUGAAGCCUUUGAUGAACUAGGCCUUGAUGUGCUUGAUGCUAGGGUUUCUUGCGAAGACAACUUCCUACUGGAAGCAAUUGGUGGAGACCAAAACCAAGGUCAUGAUGCUCAAGUCGUGAAACAAGCAGUGCUACAAGCAAUCCAUAACUGGAAUGGAGGGAGGUAGCUGGCUAGUGAGCGAGAAUGACCCAAAUCUUUUGCUCCCCUGUCUUUCAUUGCGCUACUGCGAAAUCGGGAUUUGUAAAAUGAAUUCCAAAUUCCAAAUUACUAGUUAGUGAAUGUGGGCAGUAAUGGGCUUUUGGCUAUUAA